AUGUGGUUGUGCCACCACAGAAAGCUCUUUUCACUUUUCCUUGGAUUCUGGUUGUACAUUCAAAGUGGUUCGGGAACCAACCCAUCCACCGGUGUGAUACGACAAUGGCAGAAUGGCGAUGAGAUAACCGUGGUGGUCAACAUCCCUGGGGAAUCAAACAGUAUCCAAUCGGGUGAAGAGGUUGAGGCUAUCUUCUCGCUGAAUGGUCAGCUGAUCUCCAAUGUCAAAACAAGAAUGACCAAUGUAAAGAAAGGAAUUCGUUUUGUGUUUAUGGUUGGAAUGAGAGUAAAAGGUACAAAACUACAAAUCAUGAACUUUCGUCAGCCAUAUGUUUUACCUCCCCCUAGAAUGGACAUGCUGACAAUGGGGCGUGCUAAUUUCAUGAAAAUCAUGGAUGACGGAAAGCUCUCAUACAGAAAAUUUGAUGAGCGCAACUGGUUUGGCCUGUACAUGUCCAAAACCCCAUUCAGCAAGCAUUUGACACAUUUUGAGAUUGAGGUGCUAAAUCUGGGCAGUCAGCAGCAUGCAGCCAUUGGCUUUGCUGAGAGAUUCUACCUAGUCAACAACAUGGUGGGAUGGCAUCAAGGCUCUGUUGGGUACCAUGCAGAUAAUGGACAGCUGUACAACAACUCUUCUUCUGGAAAACCAAGUAAACUCACCAGUGACCCUACGACCUUUGGAAAUGGCGAUGUUGUUGGCUGUUGGCUGGAUGAGACGACUGCCAAAUUCAGGGAAGAUGGAACUUUAAAAAAUCAGCAGACGCUCAAGUUUUACUUCAAGAAAAAUGGUGUUAAAGUCCAUGAAUUUGAAUUUGAGUACCUGUCAGAUGGGAUUUACCCUGCUGUCAAUCUCCACUAUGAGGGGGAUAAGGUGAUGUUACGUAACUACUACCACGGCUCUGAGACUGGGGACCUGGUGGUGAAAGAUAGCAAGGAAACACAAAAAGUUCAAGAUGAUUUUGUUGAAGGCUGCAAGUUUACCAUUGUUGGCAUUGAGACAGAUGGCGCCCAGGUGAAAGGAAAGCUACAGCUACUGCAGGAGGCUCUUGGUGGAGCUCUGGAGUUCCCUGCUCUAUCCCUCAUAGAGCAGCACAUGCAGAUGAUGGAGAGCAACCCCAAACUGAUGGACCUGCAAGGGCAGCAGCUCUAUGGACAACUGGCUUGGCAGAAAGAGUGUCUUGAACGCUUUAUGGGCAAUAAAUCAAGACUCAAAUUUAUGGCUGUUGAUCUUUCAUCUGACAAGGACCAUCAAGCACUCUGUGACCAUAUUGUGGAGGUUUGCGAGACUGACCUCAGCUAUCACAGGAAAUAUUACGAUCUCCAUGACACCAUUGCUACCGGCCUGAAGAAGAUCUCCGACACUCUGGCCAAAGAGAAGCUGAUGGCAGCUGACCAACUGUACAACCUGGUGUCAGACACGCUGGGACCAAAUGGUCGAGUCUAUGAGGCUGCUGUUCGCUACCUGCAAACUAAGGGUCGAUUAUUUUGGGUGCCAAUGAAAAGAACCACAGUGGCCAUAGACAUACAGUUUGCCAAAAAUCUGGUCAAUUCAUCAAUGAUCCUGCCAGAUAAACUGUCAGGCUCAACAGCAACUUGUAUAGGAGAGGAGACACAUAUCUGGCACAGUAUCUCUGAGAUAGUACCUGAAGUAGAAACAUUUUCACAAGCCAAAAAAGAUAUUUUAAGUCAUGUUCUGGUCUUUAUGGGAGUCAUUGAGGUUCCACGUUUCCGUGAUAAUGGAAAUGGAAGCAAAACUAACCUUGCUAACAGCCCUAUGUUUUGCUACUGUACAACCAAAUCCAUUGGAUCACUUCCUGUUCAACUGUUUGACUUCAUCCAAUCAACAAAAAACAACAUUGUUCUGAUAGAACGAGAGUACCAGUUCUUGCACAGCUCCCCUGCAAACAUGCUCUCUAUGAUUGUUGCAAGGUGCUUAGCUUUCUCAAAGCCUCUGGUCAUUGGACAAGACUGGUCUGUUUUCCAAAGUGGAGCUGCUCAGACUGUCAUCUUUGUUCAAGGAGAGCAGGGACUGAGGGUUGAGACGCGCUGCUUCAUGCCGCCAUCAUCCAGAGAAUCAGACCGUAUCAACUACGACACACUGUUCCACGUACAGGAGUAUGCCUUCAACAUCUACAGCCUGUUUACUGACACCAUUGAUCUCCUUAUAAUGAGGUUGAGAAUUAAAGCUUUACACAAUGAGAAGAUACCGUACAACAUGGUUAAUAACUCCAUUGGCUGCAUCCACCACUGGGACCUAUCAGAUGAUGACUACAGGCAGACCUUGUGCACACUGUGUGGGAAGUGUUGUGAAAAGGGACGUUACUGUGAAUAUAAUGGUGUAGGGGGAGAGUACCAGCAUCAGUGUGGCUGUGACACCAAUGUAACUGGUUGUGCUGAUUGUGGUAUCUGUCAAAAUUGUGCUGAACUUUUGUGGACCAUCCGCUCCUAUCUACGUCCAAAUUUAGAGGUAGCCAGCUAUGGUAAAAUGAGGAGCAGCCCUUACAUACCCAUCCAAGCAACAACAUAUGAUGAAGUGGACAUAACUAACCUUGGUGCAAACCAGACACCUAUUUGCUUAAAAGUGAGUACAGGCCAUGGGUCGUCAUCAGAUCAUGUGGGUGUUUUGACCAAGAUGUUCCCAUUUGAGGCUGUUGAGUUUCCUGACCAGAAAAGUCUUGAGGCCGACAUGAAUAAGUGGUCCCAAAACUCUGAUGAUUCAAAACUGAUGACUUUUGAUCAAGGUGACACUGUCACAAUAAAACUGGAACCUAUCAAACGAGAUCCUAAGAAAUUGGUCCUGGAAGAAGAGGAGUCUCAGGAUGAAAUUGUCCCACACUACUUCACCUGUAUAUGCAGGGAGUCUACUGUGUGGCAUGAUACUGGAAUUGUGGCCUACACCAGCAGUUCACCUGCUGUCCCUGUUGGCCAGUUCAUAAGUGCCUCAGCUCUCACUCCUGAAUGCAAUUCAUUUUCUUUUGAGAUUGUUAACCCUGGCAAACACUGCUACAUUGCCAUUGGCUUGUGCCAUAAGAGAUACGCCCCAGACAGACAACCUGGGUGGGAUUCUGGUUCUCUUGGUUAUCAUGCAGACGAUGGAGGAAUAUUUGCUGGUGCUGGCUGGGCCAGUGCACAUGCUUCAACGUGUACCAAAGGGGACAUCAUGAAAUGUGAACUCAACUUUGAGGAACAGACUGUGACAUUUUACAAGAACGGACAAGUGGUAUACACCACAUCAAAGCUGCGCAAAUUUGGCAACUUCCAUGCAGUUGUUGGCUUCCAUUCAGUGGGUGAGGCUGUGAGGCUGCUUGAAAAAGAACCCUGGCAGAUGACUGGAGAUGAGGAGGUAAAAAGCCAUUUUGUUUGUCCACCGAUCAUCUAG